AUGGCAGGAACUCACUCGGAAGCCCCCAAAUUUGCCGAAAUCAAGUCCCAGGAGGAUAAGUAUGUCUCUGUCACCGACAAGGCGGAAUGUCACUAUUACAGGAAGAAGGAAAGCACCCAUGACCCCGCUUCUGUGUGUGCCUUGAAUAUGAAACCAUGGACAAGAACCAUGGAAGAGGGGCCUGGCCAGGUUGGUGGUGAACUCAUCAAAGCAAGUGGCUUGUGGAAAACUGCUGAGAUGAUCCAUCUCCUGGCCUCCUAUACCCUGCAGCCCAUCGUGGGGAAGCUACAAGUUGAGAAUUGCUACCUUAGAGGCCAAAAUGUCUGGAAAAUGCUCCUUUGGGGUACCUGGGAAGACCCCACAGGGCCAGUGACCAAAGAGGGAUGUGAGAGGCACCAGAAGUACGUCCCAGGAUCCCAGCUGGCAGGGGAGGGGGUGGAUAUCACCACGCUCCAGUUCACAGGCUUUAAUCCCAUAGAUCCCACCCAGUUCUUAGGCAAGAAUGAGUCCUGCGUUCUCUGCCACAAUGACCUGCAGGCUGGGGAACGCCAGCGCCUGCCUCUGGCCAUCAAGGAUUGGCAGACCAAAGUGUCCAAGUGCCAGAGGACAAUGGCAGAGUCAGCAGUUACUUCGGCUAUAGAAAUAGCCACUUUGGCUGCCAAGAGCAUCCAGAAGAACUGGGUGAUGGAGUUGGAAGCAAACUCCCUAACCAAAGCCAAUGUCCAAAUGGCUGUGGCAGGGUCCUACUCCAAGGCAGCCACGUUUGCAGCCCAGAAGGCCCAAGAGGACGAAUGCACCUUCACCAGUAACAUAGUAGAAUGUCACUUCUACAGCCUCCACCUCAUUAAAAACCCACCCCUGAAGCCUGAUUUCAAGUCGGCCAUCUGGACUCUGCCUGACAAAUUCACUGCCUCCACUCGCCCGGAAUACUUCCAGUUGAUCUCGGACUACGGCACCCACUUCAUCAAAUCCCUAGAGCUGGGGGGCCGGAUCACCGAUAUCACAGCCCUGCGCACCUGUGGGCUGGCCCUGGAAGGACUGCAGGUGGAGAAGGUGUCGGAGUGUCUGGCGGUGGAAACCACGGAGAGGAUGGAUGGCUCUGUGAAGUCCUCCAAGAGGAUUAAGAAGUGUGAGAAGCAGAGGAAAAAGCAUGGGAUCCAAGGGUCCUUCCAUGACAUGUACAAUGAGAGACUUCUGGAAGUGGUGGGAGGUCAGCACAAGAGGGUGGCUGGCCUGAUCUUUGGGGCCACCAAGGGAUCAGAACAGUUCUCCGCCUGGAAGGCCACACUCCCAGCAUCACCUGGGCUGGUGGCCUACUCCCUGGCCCCUCUCCACCUGCUGCUGAAACCCCAGGACCCCCGCAGGGAAGAGCUGAGGCAGGCCCUGAGUGAGUAUCUCAACAAGAGGACCCGAUGGCAAAACUGCACCUGGCCGUGCCCCCCGGGGAAAAUGAAGAGUGCUCAGAAUCCCUGCCGCUGUGUGUGCCCGGGAUCGGAUGUCAUUGAUAAGAACUGCUGCCCCCGGGAGAGAGGCCUAGCCACGUUAGAGGUGACCAUCAUCAAGGCCAAUGGCUUAUGGGGUGACCUGACCUCUCAGACGGAUGCUUACGUUAAGGUGUUCUUUAAGGAAAAGGAGCUCAGGGUGCCCACCGUCUGGAAUGAAAACAACCCGACCUGGGGGCAGAAGCUCAAUUUUGGGAUUGUGCAGUUGGCCAGAGGGGGUCCCCUCAGGGUGGAGGUGUGGGAUGCAGACAACAGCUGGGAUGACAACCUCCUGGGCUCCUGUACCCUGCAGCCCACAGCAGGAAUGCGGAGGGUUGAGGUCUGCUACUUGAGCAGUGGGUCUGUGACCUUCCAGUACCUGGUGACCUGUGUGCCCCAUUUGCAGGGCCCAAAGUGUCUGAAGUAUGCCCCCGUGGGGAACCCAGAGGAGGGAGUAGGGAACCUCAACAGCCCUUGA